AUGUUCAAAAACACAUUCCAAUCUGGAUUCUUAUCAAUAUUAUACAGCAUAGGAAGCAAACCUUUACAGAUUUGGGACAAGAGUGUAAGAAAUGGACAUAUUAAGAGGAUAACUGAUCAAGAUAUACAAAGCUCGGUGUUAGAAAUAAUGGGUACAAAUGUAAGCACAACCUAUAUCACAUGCCCAGCAGAUCCAAACCAAACCUUAGGGAUCAAGCAAUUAUUUUUAUUAUAAUUUUUAUUAAUUUUUUUAUUUUUUUAUUGUUUUUAACAAAAAGCACCUAUCAAGCUCCCAUUUCUUGUAAUGAUCAUCAAAAACUUGAAAAAAUAUUUCACAUUUGAGGUUCAAGUCCUUGAUGACAAAAACAUACGUCGAAGAUUUAGAGCUUCUAACUAUCAAAGCACCACCAGAGUAAAACCCUUUAUUUGCACUAUGCCAAUGAGGCUUGACGAGGGCUGGAACCAAAUUCAAUUUAACUUAUCUGACUUCACCAGGAGAGCGUAUGGUACGAAUUAUAUUGAAACUUUAAGGGUACAGAUCCAUGCCAACUGUAGGAUGAGAAGAAUUUACUUCUCAGAUAGACUUUAUUCAGAAGAAGAGCUGCCACCAGAGUUCAAACUAUUUUUACCUCUACAAAAACAAACUUAA